AUGUCGCGUCGCGCGCCUUCCCCGCCGCCCCUCACCGCUUCCCCCCUCACUGUCCCAGACAGCCCUUCACCUCGGUCACCCCUUGGUGACCGCACGCCGCUGGCGCCUGUGAUGGCUGCUCCUGCCACAGCUGAGCCCAUGCCAAUGCGCCUCGCCGUUGCGCCGGACAGCCCGCCGCCUUCCCCGCCUUCUUCACCACGCGAGGGCGACGUCACACCGGAGUUCGCUUUGCCUCCGUUGGCUGCGUGCCCGGUUUGCCUGCAAGCCCCCUCCUCCCAGCCCCAAGCCGAGGAUGCGGUCUUCCCAUGUUGCGCUGCCUUCACGCACCUAUCCUGCGUGGUACAGUGCGCGCGGCGUCAUGGCAGUUGCCCCAACUGCAGAGCUGCAGUCGACCACCUGCCACGGGAACCUUCAAUCGCCUCUCGAUGUCGACAAUUGGGCAUCGACCUAGAACCUGAAACACCUCCGCCGCAUGACACGGCCUUUGCCGUUGUCCGCGGCUACUCCACCCGCACCUUCUCGAGGGCAGACGCUCCUGAACCCGUGGAGCCGCUCCACAUCCGCGCCGUUUGCUGCCGACGCCUCGCAGGACCUGCCAUGGAUUUUGUUGAGCUGCCGGACGCUCGCAUGCACUGGGCGCCGGUGCCGCAGCGGCGCACGGACGGCAUCGGCGCUUGGCAGGCGUUGUGGAUUUGCAUGCGCUGCCAGAAUGAGCUCCCACUUGACCGCGUCACCGUGCCCGAGCCACGUCCGGCGUGCCCCCUUUGCGAGGUGCCAUUGCACUGGGAGGUCGACAUGAGUCGCCGUCAAGAGCGCUGGGUGUGUGGACGCUGCCCCUUUGCGCAGUCUCCCAGGCCGCUAGCGCUGGAGCUUGCGACCCGCCCACCCGUCGACGAAGGGGCUCCGGCCGGAGCGACCGAACACCCCACGUCGCACACGCACAAUGGGCCCGCGCCCUGGCCGCCGCUUCACCGUCCCGAAGCGCAUGCAUCUAUUGUUAACCUCGGCCCGCCGCCACUGCCAUUCCGUGACGGGACUAACUCGCGCGUUUAUGUACCCCUUCUGCUCGACGCAGCCGGCCUCCUUCCGGCCGAUGCGCAGUGGCGGACACAUGCCCCAAUCGGCGAGUGGUGGCCCGCCGCAGUCGCGGCCCUGCUCGCCCGGCCCUUCAUUCCCGUGCGUGAGCUCUGCACAGCCGUGGAACAUGUUUCCCAUGCCUUUCCGCCGCAGGCCCUCGUCUCCAGCACACUCGAGCGCUUCUGUUCAUGGGCCCCGCCUCGAGUCGCACAGGUCGCGUCGCUUGCAGAGGUCCUCUGCGCUAUCACCUCGGCGGAUGAAGGCCACUACAUCGGGGCCCCUCUACAGGAAGCCUUAAUCGCACUCUUGGUCGGCGCGGCGGCCGCAUCCACCCUAGAGCGAAUCGUUGACCGCUUGCGUGCAAGCGAGCCUGGUGCCGCCUUGCUGCCCGCGCCACCAGCCCCUGACUCCGCCGCUCCGUUGGAAGCACCCACACAUGAGAGUUCCCCGCCCGAAGCCCCCGAUGCUUCCGCGCCAGCAUCGCCAGCUGCAUACCGAUACCGCAGCUCGGGCGGAGCAGCACCUCGCCUCCACCGCGCAGCUUGCCGCAGCCGCAGCUCGCGGCCGACGUGGCGGACGCGGGCGAGGGCGAGGCCGGAGCACCUCCUCACCUCCUGCCGCCUCCCCUCCCGCUCCAGCCUCAGCGCAGCGCCUGCCCUUACAACGGCAGCCCAGCGCCGCGUCUCUGCAGCCGAAAGCGGUCUGCUGACGGGCCUGGCUUCCCUUAUUGACGGCGUCGAUCUUCAGGACACUUUGCAACAGCGCGUCCUCACAUUGCAGGGGGAGCUGCGGGGCUGGAAGCUUUUCUGUCUGGCACCUCGCAUGCUUCUGCAGCGUUCAGGCGGAGAGUCGCUCAUCCCACCUGCGGAGCUCGAUCGCCGCUAUGACCUCUUCGCACGCGGCGUUUGGCCCGAGCUACUGCAGCUGGCAUCGGGUUCCGCUGCUCCCCGGUCCCGCGCGGGCAUGCCACCGGACGACCUCGCUGCUCGCGCUGCCCGAGCUACAGCCCUUGUGCACAUUGGCGAGCUUUCGGCCGCCGGUCGCGCGCUCGUUGCAGAACCACUCGCACCCGGCACCGACGCAACCCUCGCCGAGCUGCGGGACCCUUCGCGGCGCCCCCCGACUCCCUACGCGCCGCUGCCGCAAGACAUUGCCACGUACCAAGCCGACGACCCUGGGCCACCAACGAGCAUCUGCGCAUCCUGCGACGACGAAGGUGAUACCCAGCUUUUGCACCGCGCAGCCUGCCGCCUUGCACGUGCCGACCUCCCGCCGCCCGUUUUGGCUGCUUUGCGCGUCGGCCGGCUCACCGCGCUGCAGAAACCCAACGGACGCGGCGUCCGCGCCCUCGUCAUCGGAGAUGUCCUUCGGCGCCUGGGUGUUGCGAGCAUCGUUGACCGCUUGCGUGCAAGCGAGCCUGGUGCCGCCUUGCUGCCCGCGCCACCAGCCCCUGACUCCGCCGCUCCGUUGGAAGCACCCAGCAGCUUGCCGCAGCCGCAGCUCGCGGCCGACGUGGCGGACGCGGGCGAGGGCGAGGCCGGCGCACCUCCUCACCUCCUGCCGCCUCCCCUCCCGCUCCAGCCUCAGCGCCGGGAGACGACGGCCCUCCCCUUGCAUCCCAAGGGGUCCCUGCGCGCCUCCGCGGAGCCCUGCGUACGGCUCUCCGCGCUGGCCUGCAGCUAUGAGUCGCCAGCGCAGGAGCUGCGGGGCUGGAAGCUUUUCUGUCUGGCACCUCGCAUGCUUCUGCAGCGUUCAGGCGGAGAGUCGCUCAUCCCACCUGCGGAGCUCGAUCGCCGCUAUGACCUCUUCGCACGCGGCGUUUGGCCCGAGCUACUGCAGCUGGCAUCGGGUUCCGCUGCUCCGCGGUCCCGCACGGGCAUGCCACCGGACGACCUCGCUGCUCGCGCUGCCCGAGCUACAGCCCUUGUGCACAUUGGCGAGCUUUCGGCCGCCGGUCGCGCGCUCGUUGCAGAACCACUCGCACCCGGCACCGACGCAACCCUCGCCGAGCUGCGGGACCCUUCGCGGCGCCCCCCGACUCCCUACGCGCCGCUGCCGCAAGACAUUGCCACGUACCAAGCCGACGACCCCUGUCCCUUCCCGCUCCCAGCGUUCGUAGCUUGUUUGCGGUCCGCAAGGAGGGGGGCGGCAGCUGGACCGUCAGGGGCCACCAACGAGCAUCUGCGUAUCCUGCUCGACGACGAAGGUGAUACCCAGCUUUUGCACCGCGCAGCCUGCCGCCUUGCACGUGCCGACCUCCCGCCGCCCGUUUUGGCUGCUUUGCGCGUCGGCCGGCUCACCGCGCUGCAGAAACCCGUCGGCCGCGUGUUGGCGGAUCCUGCAGCAUUGUAUGCCUUCGCCCGCCUGGCUGUGCACACAGGUACACAGCUACUCCAUCCGGCGGCCCUGUUGGAGUUCCGGGCCAGGCUUCGCGAGCUGGUCGAGGCAGGCCAGAGUUAUGAGGCCGCCUUUACCCACCGCCUCCUCGGGGUCGACUGUGUUCGAUGCCGCGAAGGCCGAGGCGGGUUCCGCUUCCCUUUCGUGGGCACAUAUGCACGUCGCUCCAUUGUGGUUUCGGGGGCGGUGGCUCCGGCUCAAGCGUGGGCUGAGUAUCACAGGAGCGGGCCCGAGCGCCUCAGUUUUGAUGAUGUCUUCAGGAUGGGCUCGGGCCUCUGGCCAACAGAUAUUUUGCCAGAUCAUGCGAACAGGCUGGUGCAGCGGAUUGGCGAGGAGGCUCAUCCGCGGGGAGCGACCCCAGGACAGCUUUGGCUCCUGUGGCGGGACUGGCACCAGGGUGAGCGUAUUUGGCGGGAGCCAGCCUACUCUCCGAUCCCGUCUUGGGCCGAAGGACGGAGGGACCGUCGCUCAAGGGCCCAUCGCGCCCUCUGGCAGGGUUGCCCGUUCUCCCGGCUCCUUGCAAGAGUUGUGGCCUGCCGUCUGUUCUCAUCUGUCACCGUUGCCGAGAGCCAGCAUGCCUUGCUUGCGCCCAUUCCUGCAUCUGCGGCUCAUAGGUUGAGGGUCUUCCUUGCUGCUUCUUUGGCAGGGCCCAUGAGCGGCAUUUAUGCAGUACAGGCGAUGGAGGGGCGUGCUGGGGCCGUGGACGCCCCGCCUGGCACUGCAGCGGAGACAGUGGUGGACAGGAUGGCGGCGAGGGCGGUGAACUCGUUCAGGGAGCGCCACGGACUUCAGGCUGACAACGAUUUUGCCUACGCGUUCUCCUCUUGGGAAGAGGCGUCGCAUAACGCUGGGCAUGCUGUCGCUGAUGCUUGGUCAGAAGUCUCCCAGGACAUGCAGGAUGAUGCUCUCCUGGGCUUGGUUGAUCGCGCUGUGGCGGCGGGGGCCGCAGCUGCCGAAGCAGGCCACAGUGACUGGCCCUGUGAAGUCUCGGAGCUGGCUGACUUCAUGGUCGAAGCCGGGGCUCGGCGUCCAGCAGAUGUCACUGGUGCAAGGAGGCAGGAGUGGCUGUCAUUCUUGCGGGUUCUUGCAGCCAAGAAGGUAGCUGCCUCGGAGCGCUCCACGGUAGCUGGUACCUUGAGAACUUUGCGAGAACUUUCCCAGUGGCAGCACCUCCGUGGACGGUCGGCCGGUUUGGGCGAUGUGGACGCCAUCGACCUCUUCGCUUUCCUACAGGAGGGUACGCAGGCUUCGUCGAAGGCUCUGGUUGGCCUGCGGUGGUUCACAAAGAUGGCUGGCCUCCCCUGGGACUUGGAGGGCUUGCGGCCUACGGCUCUCUCUCAGCUGGUGCUUCCGAGCUGUGGAGUUUGCUUUGAUAGGGCGGGUCGGCCCUGGGAGCUGCGGCAGGUCACCCUGCUCACCCAGGAGAUCUUUACUGGGCUGGACCCUCCGGUUACAACCUACUCGUGGAGGCGAGUGGGGCCGUCAGUCGGAUCGCUUCUCCAGCUGGAUGAGCUUAGCCUCUUGGCUCUGGGUGACUGGGCAGACCGCGGCAAAAUCCGAGAGACUGGGGCUUCCAUGCCGCUUCACUACAGCGGGACUAAGUACUCAAUGAGCGUGAAGACCAAGCAUCUGGUCUGGGCGGCGGUUUCCCGGUGCCUCACGUUCGAUACAUGGUCCGAGGUGCCGCCGAACAAGCUCAAGCAGGAGGAGGCCAGCUUGCAGGACGAGGUGGCUGAGAUGAUCCGUCUUGAUGCCACAGUCAUCUGGAGGGCUCCCCCCGGGACGCCAGGGCCGGAAGCCAAGCUGGCCUUCAAGACCACAGCGCUGAAGCUUCGCCGCCAGAGCCGCGCAGCAGGGGCGGGAGAGACUCGCCCGGGACCAUCUGAGCCAGGUAUGCCACCGCUGGUGAAUGGUCGCGUGUGCUCGGCCUUCCUUCGCAACGGGCCAUGGCAGUGCAACUGGUACCUCGGGGUGGGGCUGAGGAGCGACCUCAAGCAUCACCCAGGCCGGCAGCUUCGUGGUCCGACCGCCGCUCUUCCCGUGCAGCUCCGGCAGAAAGGGCAUCAGGUUCUCGCGAUGUCGGCGGAGCCACGUGGUCGGAAGCGCCAGCGUGAGGGCGCGGAGGAACGCUAUGAUCGGCUGGCCCGCGAGCCGGGUCGCCCGGUGAACCGGGACGCACUUCAGGUCCCAACUGAGAUCUGGGAGAGCCAGGGCGGCUCUCCAGAUUACAGCUAUGGCCAAAUCCCCGGCGGACCGCGGCGCGAGACUGACUUUCAGUCCCUGCUCCCGUUGGUGCGCGCUACCUUGCUGGAGGGCCAGAAUGUGGUGACGCAUUGCAUGGCAGGCAGGCAUCGAGGCGCUGCUGCAGGGACGGUGCUGCGGGCGGUGCUGAGUGGCGAAAGCCUGGAUGACUGCGAGGCUUUUAUUCAGGCCCGACGCGACAUCGAGCUCAACCGGAUCCGCCGCGAGAACCGCGACUUAGCCGAAUGGAUGCUACGAGCAGCAAGGACUACCCGCCUUGGUCCCCCGCCGCCGCUGCCAGUGGCUUUUGUGGCCACUAACACUUCUUUGAUGCACCUUGAGAACGCGGCCGGCAUCACUCUCUGUCAGCAUCGACAGAGCAAGGGGGCUCGGAAGUUGGUCAGGCCGAUGCGUACCACUGACCGAUUUGAAGCAUAUGCGUGGGCCAAAGCGUGCUGCACGCAGUGCUUCGGUAUUAGCACGCGCGGGCACAGCGAGAAAAGGUACAUUCAAGCUUUCCUGGGAGAGACCCAGUCGGCGGGGAGCCGAGGCCUGAGUGACAGGCGGGUGGGCAUCAUGUCGCAAGCCCUUGUCCCGAGAGACGGGAAUGAUUUCAAAGCUGCCUUGGACACCCUGUCCUUGAACUUUUCUCUGGCGCCGGAGAUUCAAGCUCGGUUGUUGAGUGACGGGUUGUCCCACUUGGAGGAGCUUCGCUUCUUCUUCGACAACGAGGAGCAUGUGGGCAGGUGGGUCGCCAAGCUUAGCCUGGGUGAUAAAACCAUGCUGGAGACCUCUCGCCUCAGGCGGGCAUGGGCGGCCGUCAGGCUCUACUUCUCUACGUCAGAGCAAGAUCGAUCUAAGGUGGCUCUUACGGACCUCGACACCCUCCUCGAGGACUCCGAACUUCGUGAUGUGAAGCUCGCGUUUUGGAAGCGCUAUCGGAUGCGUUUCCCCGCCGAGGUCCAUCCGGCGGACUCCCUCCUCUCUCGGGUGUCCCGGGAGAUCAACAAACGCAUGCUUUGCGUGUACGCUAUAUGGAAGGUGCGUUCGCUCUACUUCCAGCUUACAACGGUGCAGCGUAAGCGGAAGCUGGGCGAUAACCUGUAUACUGAGGAGCCCGACACCGAGGAAGCAGUCACGAAGGAUGCCGACACUUACCUCGAUAAGUUGUACACGCUGCUUCUGGCCUACUCGAUGGCAGGUGUGUUCCCACUGCCGGGUGUCGAUAUGAGCAAGGAGGCAGUCUUGAGUGCUUCUUCGGCCGAUUUCGUCGGUGUCCCCCUGGAUGUGGCCAUGGCUUAUUUCUUUCGGGCAAAGAGAUGUGCAUCCCAGCUGCCUCCGGCACGUCGGUUGCAGUGGCUGCUGACUAAGGACGUCGAAGGGCGCAGCGAGUGGGUCACGAGGUUCCGAGAAGGCAACUCUUCCCUUGGGCUUAUUAUUAAGCAAGUCAUGGAAGCUCGUGACGCGCACUGGGUGGUUACAGGGGCCGCCUUGUCAGCCGGCUCGGGAGAGACCCAGGUCACAGCCGGCACAGCGAUCCCGCCUCCGCCGGUGCCACAGAUUUCCCACUUUCGGGAGGGACCCAAAGUGGGUGGGAAGCGAGUGGCAGCGGUGCUCAAAGAUGGGUGCCCCGAGGAGGGGGAGGGGGACCUCCCCUCGGGGAAUACCAUGGAUCCUCCAGUUAUCUCCAGCGACCGCCCGCCCCUGAUGAUGGACCUUAUGUGCGGGCCUAAUGCACCACUGACUCGUGCCUUCCUGUUUUGCGGCUGGCGUGCAGGCCCGGUCGACCUCUUGCUAAACCCAGCACAGGAUAUUUCUCGGUCGGAGUUCCAGGCGGAGCUGAGGCCGAGCCUCGAUCAGGCGUGCUUGCUGUUUGCAGCUUUGGAUUGCAGCACCAAGUCGGCAAUUCGUGAGAUACCAUUGCGGCUACCAAGUGGUCGCUCCGGCCCGCCUCCCCUUCGCAGCCACGAACACCCGAUGGGAUUGCCAGGUCUCAAGAUUGACGACCAGCGCAGAGUAUCCAAGGAUAACUGCGCUUGCCGGUUCGUGUUGGACGAGCAGCAGCGCAUCCUAGAGCGCGGUGGGGAGGCAGAGAUGUGGGCAUCUGACCAAUGGUGGGAUACCCGGUAUGAUGCUUGUUGUUUUAUGGGCGCCAGGCGGAAGCGACAGCGUCUCCGGCACAACGUCUGGGAGUUGACCCAGGGUCCUUCUUUGCUGUGCCACCACACGCACCACCCACAGGAGUGGCAGCCUUGGGAGGCACAGGGUAGGGUUUUCUACCCUUCCAAAGAGGAGGCGGAGUACACCGCCCCGCUCGCAUUUCACAUUGCAGUGGCCUGCAGUUGGUGGGCUGGUCGCUUGGGACUGGCUCAGUUGCGAGUGCCUCGAGGUCCCCCGAUUCAGUGUGUCGGCCGGCGUGAGCACUGGCUGGAGAUUGACUCCCGGGCCUUGCGCGAAUGGGCUAUGUCGCCCCUGGCUAUUUCCCUUGGUCUUCGUCCGAUCGACCCGGGCGAGGCGGCCCGGGUCCCCGUGCGAGUGGAGGUCGCCUCGGUACUUCGGGAGCACAAAUCUUUGCCCCCCGACGUGAUCUAUGUGGGGCGAGGUCACCACUCCCACAGGCUGCCGGUGACACAGUGGGCCUCGCCGUUCGUCCCAGGCCACAACUGUGGCGCUGAUGAGUGGCUCCCCCUUUACGUCGAGCACGUUCUGUCCAAUUUGCAGACGGAUCUGGUGCAGCUCGAAGGGCGUACCCUGGCCUGCGAUUGUGCACUCAGUCAGGUUUGUGAAGGUGAUCUCCUGGCAGGCCUGGUGUUCGAUGCCGGGCGCCCACAGGGCAUACCCCAUCAGGGUGCAGCGGGCCGGCCCCGCCGAUCUGCCCAGAAGCGAAGUCGCCGUGUCUUGCUGGCGGCGGCUGCCUCAGCCCUUCCCACUCCUGUGGGAGCAGUUAUUCCAUACCUGCAUCAGGAUUCAGUGGUUGCCACUUUCCAAUCCUUCUUUCCUGGGGUGGAGUGGGGUGACUUCCGUUUCCCCAUGGUCGAGGACCUGAUCAAUGCGCCCCCGUUUACUGACUACGUGCAAUGGUGCCGCGGGCGGCAAGAGGAGUGGGAUGGCCCACUCUUGCCUCAGCUGGUGAGUGCACAGCAGCGCCAGUGGCAGCGCACUGCCGAGGGCCAGCAGGUUGGGGCUAUGGCCCACCGUGCAGCCUUGCCUCCGGCCCUUCCUUUCGCUCUCCAACCCGAUGUGCACUUUGAUCUCGCCCUUGAGCUUGCCAGGUACCCCACCCCAUUCGAGCAACCGCCUGCCCUCGAUCUUGACCUUUGCUACGCGGCCGAGGUGACGGCCUGCAAGCGCGGGGGGCUUCGCGAGUGGCGCCAGGCUUCUCUCGGGGCUAUCCGAGAGCUUAAGCGGCGCUGGGCGGGCGUGGAUUCCCGGCUCAGGGCGAGCCAGCAGGCCCCUCUUCGGCGAGUGACGCGGAAGAGGGAUAUCGGGCUGCUGGCACUGCUGUGCCUUUUGGUGUCGUGGGGGGACCCGACACUUCCGCACGAUUUCCUUUUCGGGAUGGCAGCAGUCGGUACAGCCCCAGUCUAUGGGGUGUUCCCCCUUCAGUCCGCGCGUGAUGUCUCUCAUGCAGAGGUGCUUGCUGAUGCCUCGGCAUCCAACGCUCGGGUGCGGGCGAGCUUACGUCCGGGGCGGGACGAUGCAUUCCUGUUGGAACAGAGCCUUCGCGAUGCCGAGAGCGGGUUCUGCUCCGAGCCACUCCGUUACCCACAGCUCCUUCGAGCAGUGGGGGGCCUUCCUUUUCGCCUGAUCCCGCGCUGUGUGAUUACCCAAAGCAGCGGCAAACAGCGUAUUAUCGACAAUGCCGACACUGGCGGCCAAUCCGAGCUGAGCUCAGAUCCGAACAAGCUCGUCUUGUGUUCCCCGUUGCGACCGGCACAACAUGCGGCGGCCUUGCUCGCUUGUCUCGAUGAGCCGUCUCGCCAGCGGGCAGCUGCCGAAGAUGCGCUUGAGGGUGGGGGCGAGGACUGGCCCGAGGCCUACCGCCACUGCCCCAUGGAUGGUGCAUCAUCCAGGUGCUGCGUUGUGGUGUGGUGGCACCAGGAAUGGGGCGAGCCAGCUUAUCAGCUCUACAGGUUUGCUGUUUGGCCUCCCUUUGGCAGUUACGAGCUUCAACCGCUAUAG